UGUCACUAGAAUGCCACUACCGCGGAUCUGCUCCAGGGGGCGCUCCACCGCCGCCUCCCAUUGUCACUGACCUUCUGAUGAGAAAGGCCGUGCAGCUGAGCUGAUGGAACAGCUCCCAGCAACGAAGCAAUGAAAAACUAGCAGAGGAGAGAGAAAGGAAAUCGUAUUGUUCACCCUUGCAACCGCAUGAAACUGGGGCACGAGGAAAUCUGCGAGCAGCGAUAACAAUAAUAUUAAUAAAUAUCUAGUGAAGCAACACCGCUGCACAUACAGGCGUCAACAGUGACUACAGACUGUUUAACCUGUAUGGGAUCGGCGUCGACUUCUCGAAGAUUUCAAGCGACGUUACUGAUCUUUGAGUGCUGGUGGUAUCUAGAAGCAGGUCUCCAAGCCUGAUGCAGUUCCCUAAGAGCCCAUAGCGCCCCCUGUCUGCAGUCUCUCGCACUCCCCCUGUGGGAUCAUGUCGGCGGCACAGACACAGAGCGAUGGCGAUCAGCACUGGGGCUGUGGGGAGUUGGGGCUGAGCCCCCGUGAGCUUGUUCUAGCUGAGGCCCUGCAGAUGGAGUACGACGCCCUAUCCAGGCUGAAACAGGACCAGACUCCCCCUGGAAGGAGUGUGGGGCAAGUGGGCAAGCUACCCAUGUCGGUGCCCUCCAUCUCCACACAGACGCACGGGGCUAACAAGAAACUCAACAACACCACAGGAGGAGGCAGUGUUUCCCUACUGAAGGGGCUCUCGGGGUCCGAUCCCAAUCUGAACCGGCACCCCCGAAUUCAGGAGAGCCUCUCCAACCCUUCAAGAAUCAAUCUCCAACCCCGGGACACGUCAAAGGAGCCCAUCUAUAUCCUCGAUCGGCCUUUUAAAGACGGAGGCUCGUCUCUGCUACUCCCCAAAGACAUGACCUCCCAUGACACCCCGCCAGCCGUUCCCCCGCGCCUUAUCCUCCCGGACCUCGUGGUUCCCUCAGUCCCGGCCAGGCGGAGCUCCACUCCCCGAGACAUCAACCUCUUCACCCCCGAGAUUGAGCAGCCCAAGCUGUGCUCCGGGGAGGAGGACCAGCUUAGGGACUAUCAGGAGCUCAAUGAGGCCCUGGCCCAGCUUAAUGGGGACUUCCCUCACAGCAGCAGGAGGAGGAGUGGGGAGACCUCCGGGAAACCAGUCGCCCGCAGCAAGACCCUCCCCCCGCAGAUACCCCCCCGCACUUACCAGCCCCUCCGCCGUAACAACAAGGACAACCGGAGGGUCUCUGCAGACCCAGUGACGCUGCGUUCCAGGGUGCCUGGCUUUGGCUGUGAGCUGUUCCAGGUGUCCGAGGAGAGAGACGAGGAGGUGGCUGCUUUCUGUCACAUGCUGGAUGUGCUGCGCUCAGCUUAUUCCUACACUGACUGCUGCAAGAACCCAGGCUUCGUGUGGAGUCCGGCCGUGGCCAGAGAUGACCAGCAGUACGGUCAUGGCGUGAGCAUGAAGGUGACCGUCGUGAGUGACCACCACAGAGAGCCCCUCACCUUCACCUGCGAUGGCUCAUCCACUGUGGACCUGCUCAUUUACCAGACUCUGUGCUAUGCACAAGAUAACCUUGACUGCUUUGAUGUAGACGACUUCAUUCUCAAACCCUGCGGACUGGAGGAGUUCCUGCAGAAUAACCAGAUGCUGGGCAGUCAUGAGUAUAUCCAACAGUGCCUCAAGUUUGACUGGGAAAUCCGGCUGAGCCUGACAGAGAGGAGUGCUGUGUGCAGGGAGCUCGCCAGGAGGGAAGAUGAUGACAAAUCUCUUUCCACAAUGAAUCACAACAUUCUGCUACAGGAGAGACCGAUCAAACAAACCGUAACCAGGGAGGCCCUGACGCUGCUGCUUGAUACCUUCCACACUGAGGGAGAGUGCUUCCUGCUGGCUGAGGCAGACUUCCCCCCUCUUGUGGAGCGCUUGGUUCAGUCCGUAAAGGCGCUGUGCAACUCGCUGGCAGCCGUCGAGACCCCCGACAUUACCAACGCUCUGAGCCUGCUGCCCGCCUGUCCCUGCCGUCUGCAGCCCCGAGUCCAGAAGGAUGUGGCAGUGCUGGCGCAGAGAGCGAAUCGAGAGAGGGUGGUGGAGUCUCUGACGGCCUCUAUCCUGGACCUGGUACAGCUGUACUGCGCCACCUUCAACUCCAACUUCUACACGGCCAUCCAGAGCAGCCGGCUGACCGCGCCCACGCAGGAGGCAGGGCUAAUCAGCAGCCCGCUGUCCUUCAACAUCUACGCAGCGCACCGCAUCCCGAUCACAUGGGCUGCCAGUUACGAAGGUUUCCACCUGUCAUGCUCACUGAGUCACGGAGGUGUGGAACUCUGCAGCCCUCAACACACCAGCAAGCAGGUCGUCAGCAAGUACCUGUUUCACCUGGUGGUGUGGGACCAGAGGAUCUGCUUCCCAGUGCAAAUAAACAGGUUGCCGAGGGAGACGCAGCUGACGGUUACCCUCUAUGCCAUGCCACUGCCACCACCGGGGGGCGCUGAGGAGAAAAACAAGCAGCGGCGCAGCGCAGAGGCCUUGGGCUGGGUCACCAUGCCACUCUUCAACUUCCGACAUGUUCUGGCGUGUGGGAGGAAGCUGCUGGGACUGUGGCCUUCAACCCCAGAGAGCAGGAACACUCGAUCCAGCAGCCCCAACUUCAGCCAGCCAGACAGCGUCAUCCUGCAGGUGGAUUUCCCCUCAUCCUCUUUUGAGGUGCGCUUCACCACCCCCCCGCCCGCCGAAUUCAGCCCCCAGUACGAGUUCAGCCGUCUGGACCGGGACAGCCAGAGACAGCUGCAGGACGUCCUGCACAAGAAGUCCCUUUUCUGGCUUACUCAGGAGGACAGGAAGCUGCUGUGGGAGAAGCGCUAUUUCUGCCACGCUGAAAGCGGCUGCCUACCCCUGGUGCUCGCUAGCGCCCCCAGCUGGGAGUGGGCUUGUCUGCCUGACAUCUACGUGCUGCUGAAGCAAUGGGCCUGCAUGAACCACCUGGACUCUCUGGGGCUGCUGCACGCCAUAUUCCCAGAUCAGGAGCUGCGGCGCACAGCAGUCCAGUGGAUGGACUCCAUCUCAGACCCUGAGCUGCUUGACUUUUUACCCCAGUUGGUGCAGGCCCUGAAGUACGAGUGCUAUCUGGACAGCCCUCUGGUGAGAUUCCUGCUGCGAAGAGCCAUCGGGGACAUUCGCAUCGCACACUACCUGUUCUGGCUGCUGAAGGACGCCCUCCAGGACUCCCAGUUCAGUGUGCGUUACCAGUACCUGCUGGCUGCUCUGCUGUGCUGCUCGGGGAGGGGGCUUCGAGACGAGUUUGACCGGCAGUGCUGGUUUGUCGGUAUCCUGGCCAAGGUAGCGCAGCGUGUGCGAGAGGCCUCACCCUCCUCCCGACAGGCGAUUCUGCGCGAGGGUCUGGACGAGGUGGGGCAGUUCUUCACAGUCAACUGCACCUGCCGCCUCCCUCUCAACCCCAGCCUGCUGGUCAAGGGCAUCAACAUCCCGGCCUGCUCCUACUUCAACUCCAAUGCUGUUCCUCUGAAACUGUCCUUCCUCAACGUGGACCCGCUGGGCGACAACAUCAACGUAAUCUUCAAGUCAGGGGAUGAUCUUCGCCAGGACAUGCUGACCCUGCAGAUGAUCCGCAUCAUGAACAAGAUCUGGGUGCAGGAGGGGCUGGACAUGAGGAUGGUCAUCUUCCGCUGCUUCUCCACUGGCCGCGGACGAGGAAUGGUGGAGAUGAUCCCGAACGCAGAGACACUGCGGAAGAUCCAGGUGGAACACGGAGUGACCGGCUCCUUUAAGGAUCGGCCGCUGGCUGACUGGCUGCAGAAACACAACCCCAAUGAGGACGAGUACGAGAAGGCGGUGGAGAACUUCAUCUACUCAUGCGCAGGCUGUUGCGUGGCCACCUACAUCCUGGGGAUCUGCGACCGACACAACGACAACAUCAUGCUGAAGACCAGUGGGCACAUGUUCCACAUCGACUUUGGCAAGUUCCUCGGCCACGCGCAGAUGUUCGGCAACAUCAAACGGGACCGGGCCCCCUUCGUGUUCACCUCGGACAUGGCGUACGUGAUCAACGGGGGAGACAAGCCAUCCAGCCGCUUUCACGACUUUGUGGACCUGUGCUGCGAGGCUUACAACCUGAUCCGCAAGCACACACACCUCUUCCUAAACCUGCUGGGGCUGAUGCUAUCCUGUGGUAUCCCCGAGCUCUCCGAUCUCCAGGACCUCAAGUACGUGUACGACGCCCUGCGCCCGCACGAGUCUGAGGCAGAUGCUACCAUGUACUUCACCAGGCUGAUUGAGUCGAGUCUGGGCAGCGUGGCUACAAAGCUCAACUUCUUCAUCCACAACCUGGCGCAGAUGAAGUUCGCCUCCGCGGAGGAGCAGCCUGUUCUGUCCUUUGCCCCGCGGGUUCACAGCCUCAAGAGUGACGGGCUCAUCCGCAACCUGUACGUGUGCCGAUACCAGAGAACAUACAGCCCCAGCAAGGGAUAUACCUACAUUGUGAAAGUGGAGCGCGACGGCCAUCAGGAGGCAGCGUUUGUGCAGCGGGGCUUUGAGGAGUUUCACGAGCUGCACAGCAAACUAAGGCUCCUCUUCCCCUCCUCCAAACUGCCCAGCUUCCCGAGCCGGUUUGUUAUCGGGCGAUCACGCGGGGAGGCGAUGGCAGAGAGGCGCAAGGAGGAGCUGAACGGAUACGUCUGGCACCUGAUGCACGCUGCGCCCGAGGUGGCACAGUGUGACCUCAUCUACACUUUCUUCCACCCCCUCCCUCGAGACGACAGACAGGGAACAGUAGUCAACGCCCUGCCGCCAAAACCAGCUGAAGUAUUGUGGACGCCCCCUGCAGGUCGAGUGGUUGGGGAGGUGAAGCUCUCCAUCUCCUAUAAGAGCGACAAGCUCUUUAUCAUGGUGAUGCACAUCCGUGGGCUGCAGCCCCUCCAGGACGGAACGGAUCCUGACCCGUAUGUCAAGCUCUACCUCCUGCCCGACCCCCAGAAAACCAGCAAGAGGAAGACCAAGGGGGGCCGUCGCACCUGCAACCCCACCUACAAUGAGAUGCUGGUCUAUGAUGGUAUCCCACGUGGAGACUUGCAGCAGAGAGUCAUCCACCUGCGGGUGCUGAGCGAGGGGGCGUUCUGGGAGAACACGCUGCUGGGGGAGACCUUCAUCGCCCUCCGAGACCUCGACCUCGACCCCAGCCACAGGAGGGUGGGCUGGUACCAGCUGGGCACGGUCGGGCAGGACACAGUCCGGUAGAGAGGGAAGGGGAUGGGGAGUGUGAGGGAGAGGAUCAGGAGUGAGAAUCUGUCAAAGGUGGAACACCGGACACAGGUGGGAGAGUGUAUUUUUGUGAAGGAGAGAGAAGGGGUAGACGAAGUUUACAGCCAAGGGAUUUGGAAGAAAAGACAUGGAAGAAUAUUCCCCCAGUGGGGGAGUGGAGAUGGGGUCACUCUGCAUCGGCAACACAAACCCUUCUGAGAUCUGGGAUAUUCUGCACAGCUCUGCCGUUUACUACUUUAAAUCUGGAGUUCUGAUACCUCCAGUAAUGCACCUCCCUGCACCAGGAAUCUGUCUGUUUCUGAUAUUGCACUACCUACUCCCACCCCUAAUGCAGAUUAAUCUCUACAAAACUUACUGCGGAAAGGAGAUGCAGAAGGCUUUGGAGAUGGAUGGCACCUGCCCAUCUGUCUAUACUGUAUCCUGCGAGUUGCUUAUGACUCAGAGACAAAACAGAUGUUUGAAGAAAAAAGGAAUCUGGUUAUUUCUUUUUUAAUUCUGUUCUAUAAUUGGAGCUUGAUGUGAGCUCUUGCACGUUAUGCAGUAUAUAUGAUAAAUAUAUACUAUAUAGAAUAUGAUACAGUUUAUAAAUGUAUGUAUCUCAUGUGUGUUUUAUAGUACAACAGUAUGAAUUUUCCCUGCCCAGUCUCUUUAAGGUGAUUCUGGAUUUGUACUGUACAUGGGUUUUGAUGCCAAGCAGCCAAUAGUUUGUGGCUAUCAGAAUAUUGAAUUAUGAAUUGGGCAACUAAGUGUCUUCAUUUUGUAGCCCAACUGGAUUCUGUUGACUCGUGGAGUCUUUGUAUAGUUAUCCCCUCCCCCUUGUAUUUGAUUCCCCAGGAUAGUAAAGACGAGUCUUGUGGAAAUAGCCACUAGUGUGCCACGGUCAAAGCCAGCAUGGUUGCACGUUUUAAAGUGCCAUCUGAACAAGGUUAAGGGUAAUGGUGCUUUCACACUGCACUUUUCUUUAUCAGCGGAUUGCAUUGGAAGUGCUUUAAAGAUCUUAAGUUACACAGGGCUUCCAGGUGAUGUGAAAGUGAACGUGGAGGGUGAGCCUGCUGGCAGCGUAUGCACUUCUAUUCAUCUGCUAUUCUGGGGAAAAAAAUCAAGGCUGCACUUGUAACAAUCUGGUUCUAGAUCCAUGUAGUUAUGUCAUUGAUGUUAUUCUGGUGAAUAUCAUUAAUCAUUUAGGGGUUACUUUAGAAUGAUCUUUUUUAUUGCAGCAUUUGGGCACGAAGCCAAUCGAAUUAAAGGUAAACAAUAACACCUUAUCUUUAUCUCUGGAUAGAUGUCCCCCUAUGCUUCACUGUCUCUUGCCUGUUUUCAACACUAACAUUGUUUCCUUUAAAAACCACUGUAACGAAUGCAAACCGUCCCUAAUCUGUACAAAAGCUGUGAUAGUUGCAGUUUGAUUGAAUUUUAUUAUUGUUGCUUUUUCUCUGGUAAUUCGGUCCAAAUCGUUGGAAGUUAAAGUGUUGUUUUUUUUUUUUUUUGUAACCACAAUAUUUGAUUUUAUAUGCCCAUUAACUGGGGCGAAUAAUGACUUAAUAGGAGGUAGCCACUAUGUUUUUUGUGCAUUGGGUUUACCUCUGAUACGAAGCCAGCAAAUCUGUCACGAGGUGCUGAAAUUCAGUCGGUUAUUAUAUGUGAUUUUUGAAUUAUUAUAUGUUUUCUUUUGUAACCCAUGGUGCUACAUACCCACAGGUUAUCUGACCAAUCCACAUGGCCUAAUCAGGUGUGUUGAGCUGGCUGGGAGGGAGGAUUCCUUCUUGAUUGGGUUUGACACAUGGCCACGCCCUUCUUGCUGGGUGGGCUUUAGAAAAAUUCCAUCCAGCUGAGGCAACCAGCUAGAAGGGGUUCUCAAAAUUCUAGCACUAGCCAUUGUGGCAUUAUAGAGAGGUUAUUUAAUGACCAACACCAUGGCUGAGUUAUAAAUUUGAUGGAAUUUAGGUACAAUACUCCAUGAGUAAACCCCUUACUUAUUUUUUGUAGUAUCAAAUCUUUAGCAACUCGAAUCCCAUGGUUCUGGUCCGAGACUUUGUUCUAAACAUCCUUAAUUAUUGUGACUGGCAGCUGGCAGCUGGUUGGAACAUGUUCCUGGACUGGAAUAGACUUGGAGGAGCAACGAGUGAAGUAGCACUCUCCAGCAGGAAUGGCUUUAUGAAUGGAUACUGUGUUUUUGACAGUAUGAAUGAGCACAUGUUACACAUGCUAUGGACUGCUCUAUGGGUGUUGUGCUGAUGUGAAGCUGUUUGUACUUUGCAAGCAGUGAGGGGGUGUGUUAUCCAGCAGUGGCUGGCAGAUAAGGGGUCCCACCCCACCACAUAAACACAGGAAGCAGCCCCAUGAGCUGGGUCCUUAUCGUGGCUCUGACCGCCCUGUUUGAAUAUAGGAUGGAAUGGAAGUUCAAACUGAACAGGACUUUUGUGUGUUGUAAAUAUUGAGCAUAUUAUUAUGAUUGUUGUUGUUAUUAUAGAUUAUCAAAGUGUGUGUUUUAGAUUUUCAGGUUAAUUAUUUAAGUUGUGUAUUUUUUUUAAUUUUAUUUGCACUAAGUAAUAAAAUUUGAAAAGCUU